GGUCCCAGUCCUCUUAUUAAUGGCUUAUGUUUGCUCCUUCCACUGUCAGCAGGGAGGACGAGGCUUGACAGAAAAAACACGGACUUAAAAUGACACGAAAGAGCAAACCCUCUGUCUGGAGAAAAGUGUCACACAGCUAGCGAGGUGGGAGCCAGAUAAGAAGAGAAAUGCUAUUUACUCAGCGUUACGCCUAGCCCAAGGACGUACGAAGAAGGCAAACACAGCCGAGGCUGGGGACGAGGUGGAGGAUUUGGAUGGCAUUUACCAGGGCCGGGGAAGGACUGUUCCUAAAGGGACAUGAGCUGGGAAUACGUUUGAAUAUCAUGUCCUGACUACAAAAGACUAAUUAUCUGCGGAUAAACUGCUGCAGCACGUCAGAAAUAAAGGCCUCCUCUGAUAGCUCUUUAAUCCGACCAGAAAACUCCCUGACAGGCGGCGACGAGCUACGGCAAAGGGUGAGGACGCUUUCAUCGUCAUUGAAGGAAUUUAUGGGAUCACAAGUCUCCUCUGAUGAGAUGAGUGUGCGUGGUGGCCAGGGCAGUGAUGAGGUGCUGGUUUCACAGGCUGUUUGGGAUUACCUGGCUGCAGCUGGGCGGCCCUGGCUCAUUGACUUCCAGCACAAGCAGGGGAUGAGCGCUGGUAUCGUUAGGCGUGGAGAAAGAGGGGGCUGCUGUGCUGUGAGGCUACAGCCAGUGGAAGGCUCCAGGAACGCCGGAGCUGGGCUGAUGGAUGGGACCAUCUCCAGCGAGACACGAAAAGCCUUCAUUGACUUAUGCCGCUGUGCCCGCAAAGAAAUGAGCAAACUGGAGGGGGGGCCCAAGAGGAAGAGGGCACUGCUUCCAUGUGUGGGAGUCCUGGAGCCCAAUGGAGAGGGGAGCCUGCUUCAGCCGCCACCUCCUCAGCCUCGGCGCUCCCAGAGACAGCAGCAGAGGUUCAGGAAGCCUACCGAUGAGGAGGCCUGCGUCAUGCUUCAUGAGGCAGCACAGAGAAAGGACAUGGACUCCAGCCUAGCUUCCCAUAGUGAGGCGGAGGACACCAAAACUUGUUCAAUCUGCAUGGGGGACAUAGUGGAGAAGACCACCCUUGAAAGGUGUGGUCAUUCAUUCUGUCGCUCUUGCCUGGAUCAAGCUUUUAAGGUGAAAAAAGCGUGUCCUGUGUGCCGGCUCGUGUAUGGCCAGCUGAUUGGGAACCAACCUGCUAAUGGUACAAUGAUUGUAGAACGGGAUCCUGAUCUGGAGCUUCCAGGCCAUGAAGGCUUUGGAUGUAUCUGCAUCAUCUACAGCUUCCCUCCUGGCCUGCAGGCACCAGAACACCCCAACCCAGGGGUCCGGUACCCAGGAACAGACCGUGUGGCCUACCUCCCUGACAGCCCUGAGGGGAACCGUGUGCUGGGCCUGCUGCGCCGGGCCUUUGAACAGCGCCUUAUCUUUACCAUCGGUACCUCCAUGACUACGGGCAUGCAAAAUGUCAUCACCUGGAAUGACAUUCACCACAAGACCUCAAUAUGGGGUGGGCCUCGCUGUUUUGGCUACCCAGACCCUACCUACCUGGUGAGAGUGACGGAGGAGCUCAGAGAGAAGGGCAUCGUGGCUGACUGACAGCAUGAAAGUGAUGGAUCCUUUUAAGACUUGUAACACUCUCCGAGUGCCCUUGUGGUGAACAGGACUCGGCCCCAGGUUGCAAUCGGAGACUGCCCAUCCCUUAAAGGAUGUCUGAAAACAAAGCCCUCAGCAGACAGGUGUUCAAUGCUGCAGAGUCCAACUCACUUCAGUACUUUUCCCUCAGUUUGUUCAUUUUUUCCUCAAGAGUUCAGCUUGGAAGAAAAUAUUUUGAGUGCAGUGCAUUCUUGUAUUGCACAAUCCUCCACUUGUUGCUGUUGGCGGAUAUUCAAUUCACUCCCUUAAGAGCGUUACAGUUUGUGUGAACUCUUGGUACUUAUAUAUUAUAAUUUGGUACAUAAGUUUAAUGUUAAAAAUGCAGUUUAUGUUAUAUUAAUGUUUAUUUGUACUCUGGGGAUUUUAUUGUUUCAUAUAAGCACACAUUCUUGGUUUUACCUCCUCAGAAAUGUUUGUGUCUCUAAUUUAAUUGUUACUAAUUACCAGUAGUUAGCAUAGUACCUGGGUUAGAUAAGAUUCAAAAAAGAGUUAAUUUCCUGCAAUUUAAAGCACUCAGUGGCACUUUGGUAAGAUUAUUUGCAUCCUCUGUGAAAGAGUGUUUGCAGCAAACAGGUUUGUGCAGCCAUGAGCCAAAGCUUGGUGGCUACAAGUUGAUGUCAGUUGCUUGAAGCGCUUCAUUUGCGUGUGAUUUUCAUUUCCCCCCAAUUUUUUACUGAAAUAGAACGAAUGUUUACCAAUGUCUCAUUGCAGCACUUUUAUUGUAUGCAUUAGGACUUUGCCCUGUAUUUUUUGCUAUGAGUCACUCCUGUAAUUUCAAGAUGUCUCCCAGGGGUUGAGCCCAUUACCUCAGUUCUUAGUAAUGUGCUCUUCUAAUUACCAGAUUUAUGAAGAUGUCAAAUACAAAGGGCAUACAGACCACUUAAAACCAAAUCAAAGGCACAAACACUCUUGGGAUAUCUAUGCCUCUAUUCCUGUCAAACUGGAAGAUUUGCCUGCCAAUGUUCUCAUUUAAAAUGAGGUAACUGUUGUCAAUUUGUUGUCUGAGGAGAUAAUCAACAAUGCACAGUAAAACGAUAAUACAAAAAGAAAAAGUUACAGGAACACCUGAUCAGAUUUAGGAUGGGGAAUCGAUCUCAUUUUGUCGUGCCUUUCUUAUUUUUGAUAAAAAUCAAGCAUGAUGUUACUAGUUAACAGUUUGGGCUUAUGUUAAUGUUAUUUGAUAGGUAAGAACAUUAAGUUUGUAGCCAUAACUUCUGGUUUUAAGUUUACUUACAGUUAAUUGAGUUAAAAACAGUCAUUUCUAUUAAAUAAGCUUCUCCUUCAUAAAUUAUCUCACCCUCUGAAUGAAUAAGUCUUAUAAUAAAGCUGUAUGUGUGACGGUGCUUUGCUAAGUGCAGUAACCUGCUUAGCUCGUGGAGAAUUUGUCAUCUAUUUACCCAGUCAGAUCCAUACAUCAGAUACCCUUUUAUGAUGUUUCCAUAUUCUUUGUAUUUUAGUUAAGGGACCAACUGAAAUAUUUUUUGGGACACAGGAUUGUAGUUUACUAAAGCUACUGUGCAAACAUUUCUAUGCAUACAUGUUGGAGGAGGAGCCAGGAGAGUGGAUAGUUCGAGAGAUUAAACAUAACAAAACUGAUUGUUAAGGAAAAGUUCAAGUUUUGCUUUUCUAAUUGUGUUGAUUCGUACUUUGUUGAUAUUCAGAAUAAUGUGCUUUACAUUUUAAUACUUGAAUAAAAAGUUAUGUUUG